AUGGAAGGCGAACUGGCCAUCACCUCGAAGCGCGGCAACAAAAUCAAGAAGAACGCCGACCCGAGCAACCCUGCGAUCCACAUCGCACGAUCCGGCAACGACGUGGUCAAACGGGCGUCGGAGCUGACUGUGGAAGAAAAGGCGAACGGGUCGGCUGACACUGGAGCCGAGAAAACGAAGAACGGGAACGGCGAGAAACGAAAACACGAUCAGACCGAAGACGACAAGAACGGUGAUGGAGUCGAAGACGAAGACAAAAAAGGGGAGCCUGCCCUAGAAGAGAACGCCGAUGGCAAGACCGUCAAGGCCAAAGGCGCGAAAAACUCUAGCAAUAAGAAACAGAAGACAGAUGUCGCGCAGGAAGAGGGAGGCGCCGAAAAGAAAAACGCAGGCCGGCCCAAGAAGGACGACACGGCGAAACAGGGUGUGAAGGAUGAUUCUGCCACCGAGAAGAGAAAGGCAGGCCGGCCUAAGAAGGCGGACGGCGCCCUGCCGAAAUCGAAGAAGGAAUCGACGGCGCCGCCCACGGAGGGGAUUGGAUCCCGUACACGAAGUCGGCAGAAGGCGUAG